CGUCACUUUUCGACUUGGCGUUAUAGAUUCUCCCAUGGAUCGCUUUCUCUCGCCGGACUACAAUUUCCCGGCGAUCACUCGCUGUAACUUUCCUCAUCCUCCAGUAUCAUCGACCCAGUCGCCGCCUUCAUCCAGUUUUCCGGCAAUCACUCGCGCACAUCUUUCGCCGGAGAUGGAGUCACUGGAAGCGGUGGAGAAGAUCGUGAAAUACAGUUUCGUGAACAAGAGUCUCCUCAAGGAAGCGCUUACGCACACUUCCUGUGCCGACUUUCCUUCCUACGAGCGGCUCGAGUUCGUAGGCGAUAGCGCCAUAGGUCUGGCCCUCACCAAUUACUUAUACCUCGCCUACCCUAACCUCGAACCUCACGAGCUGUCUCUGUUGAGAGCCGCUAAUGUCAGCACCGAGAAACUAGCUCGUGUCGCACUCGACCAUGGUCUCUACCGGUUUCUCCGACGCAAUGCUCCUUCCUUAGAUGAAAAGGUUUUAGAGUUCUCAGAGGCGGUGGGGAAAGAAGACGAUUCGGUUUCUUAUGGUGGAUUAGUGAAAGCACCGAAAGUUCUCGCCGACCUCGUUGAGUCUAUAGCUGGAGCUGUGUAUAUUGAUACUAAUUUUGAUCUGGAGAGACUCUGGGUGAUCUUCAGGGGUCUUUUGGAGCCUAUAGUUACACUGGAUGAUCUGCAGCGGCAACCUCAGCCUAUUAGUAUGCUUUUCCAAUUAUGUCAUAAACACGAGAAGAGAAUCGACAUAAGGUAUUUGAAAGAUGGCAAAAGCAGCGUCGCUGGUGUUUAUCUUGAUGAUGAGUUAUUUGCUUCUGGUCGUGCUGAGCAUAGAGAUAUCGCAAAGCUGAUCGCUGCUAAGGAAGCAGUACGGAAGUUGUCAGAAUGUACGCCUAUUGCAAUGGUGAUUGAUGAAGGUAGUUUAGAGGUAGAGCUUGAAGAUUGCAAAAUGAAGCUUAAUGAGAUUUGUUACAAGAAAAAGUGGCCUAGACCAAUUUACAGUGUUGAAGAAGGAGGCUCGGUAAAGGGGAAGGGAUUUGUUUGUUCAGCUAAAAUAGAGAUCCCAAGUCAAAAAGGUGCGAUAUAUGUGAAGGGGGAUGAGGAAUCCAAGAAAAAGAAAGCAGAAAACUCCUCAGCCUAUCACAUGAUAAGAACCCUUAGAAAAUACAAUUAUCUCUAAUGGGUCUUGCAUGAUGUUGUAAAAUGUAAAAAAAAAAUUUGCAUUUUGAGUCAUUAAAAAAAAAAGCUUCUUGUUGUCUUUAUAGGGUGAUAGGUGAAAGAAGAAGGCCCUGUGUUGGUUUUAGGCAAAAGGUCUGUAUGUGCUGAAAACGCUUAUUACUCUCAAUUUUCAUGCUGCUUUAUAGAAUAAGAUGGGUCAAGAAAAAAUAAGAUAGGGUUAUUACUCCUUCCAUGUG